CAAAAAUAACAACAAUUCUUCUAAAAUUUUGAAAUGCUAAGAAAAUAAACAAUAAUUAAAACUAUUUCAUUGUGUAAAUAAUUAAAAUAAUACAUAAAGAAAAAAUGGUUGUAAAUAAUAUAGAUAAGCUAGCUGAAGAUUUGGAACGUCAAGAGUUGGAGACCCCCACAGGAAUUGGGAGCCCCCAACUAUAUUCGCAGCUGUUAGCCAUUUACCUCUAUCAAAAUGAUUUAUGCAAUGCCAAAUUUUUAUGGAAAAGAAUACCAGUAAGCAUUAAAACUUCCUAUCCAGAAUUAGGACAAAUAUGGACGGUAGGACAACACUUGUGGAAAAGUGAUUUCCCUGCAACUUAUAAAGCUCUAAAUGCCGUUAAUUGGACUGAGACAGUUGAUGAGAUUAUGAAAAAUGUGCAAAUCAUAGUGAGAUCAAGAGCAGUCGAUUUGAUAUCGAAAGCGUACACUUCAAUCACAUUAGAAACAAUUCUGGUAAUGACCGGAUUGCCGGCAGACGCGUGCCUACAAGCUUGCAUAGAAAAAGGAUGGCGGGUUGAACCGGAUACGAAAAUGAUUUACCCCGUUAGGCCCGCUCUGAAACCACUAGCUCAGCCUAGCAGCGAGUUGUUUAAACUCACCGAUUUUGUAUCUUUUCUUGAAAAUUAAUUUUAGGGAUUUUAUUUCUUUUAAUUGUAAGAUUCUGUAAUAAAAAGUAUUAAGUAAAGAAAAUGAGUUGUUAA